GCGCUGUUUGGAAAUGGUUCUAACCUAUAGGAUGCGCUCAUCGAUCUCACUCGCGCUUAUCGCUGUGGCCUCUUUGGCCCAGGCAUCUCCUCUCAAUGAGCGAAACAAUGGUGGCCAGAACGAAGAACAGAAAGGUUCUCAGCCUUCUGUCAAAAUUCAGAACGGGACGAUCUUGGGUGUGGAUAUACCUGGUUUUGAUCAAGAGGCCUUCUUCGGGAUUCCUUAUGCUAAGCCGCCCGUUGGAGAUCUCAGGCUCAAACCUGCACAGCCUCGCGAUACUCCCUUUGGCUCGUAUCAGGCCACGGACCCCGGUGCAGCCUGCUACUCGCCUUUAGCUGCACAAGGCAUGGACUUCAAUGCCGCCUGGAAUCAAUCGGAAGAUUGCUUGACCUUGAACAUCGUCCGCCCUUACUCGGCCAAAGACCAGUCGAAGCCUCUGCCCGUUGCUGUAUGGAUUUAUGGAGGCGCGUUUACUCAAGGUUUCGCAGGAGAUCAACGAUACAACGGUACCUGGCUUUUGGACGCUGGUAAUGCGAAUGGAAGUCCUUUCGUUUAUGUCAGCAUCAACUACCGACUUGCAUCCCUCGGGUUCUCCUACAACAAGGCUCUACUUGAAGAAGGUUCGGUCAACUUGGGCAUCCGUGAUCAAUAUUUAGCUUUGCAAUGGGUGCAGGAGAAUAUCGCUGCGUUCGGAGGAGACCCCGAUCGCGUGACUCUGUUCGGCGAAAGCGCUGGGGGUGCCAGUACCUUGUUCCAGACUCUGGCCUACGGUGGGAGGGAUGACAAUCAUUUCCACCAAGUCAUUAUCCAAAGUGGUACACUUCCGCAGCAAUAUGCCAACGUAUCGUCCCCUGCUGCCGUAGCGGCCUACAAUAACCUCUUGGCAAACUCUACCUGCAUUUCUACCAUGUCAGACUCGGCGGCACAACAGCUAGCCUGCAUUAGGUCUCUGCCUAUCCAAACCUUCCGACAACUAACGGCGACCGCACCCACCGGUUUUGUGCAGGACAACGACUUUUUGCAGUCUCCAUCUUCCGCCAGUGCUUUGAACAACGGAGCGUACAUCAAGGUUCCUUCCAUCCUUGGAGCAAACACGGACGAGGGUUCAACGUUCGGCCCUCGAGGCGCUAACUCUAGCGAGGACGUGUUGCGCCUGAACAAUAUCCCCGAAUCGAUCGCCAACGCAACUCUUGCAGCUUACUCCAACGAUCCCAAGCUCGGGUGUCCCUACAACACUGGUGAUUACCAAUUGCCACCAACCUUUGGACCUCCUGGAACUCAGGAUAAACGUUCGCAAUCCAUCUACGGCGAUAUAUUUGUCGACAGUGGUCGUCGACACUUGGCCCAGCUCAACGCAGAUGCCGGCGUUCCGGUUUACAGCUAUCGAUUCAAUCACGUUCCCUGGGUUACCGUUAGCUUGCCCUUCGUCCAAUGGGUGUCUCACGGUAGCGACGUCCCCUACGUAUUCAACUCGCAGGUCAACAGAACCGAGGAGUGGCUCAAGUACAAUCUCCCUAUGACACCUCUCGGUCAGGGCGCGCCCAUCGCUGAUCGCGCCCUGGGAGAAUACAUGGCUCGCUCAUGGGCUGCCUUUAUCGCCACCGGUAACCCGAACGAUGCCAAUUAUACUUCUGGUGUGUACUGGCCUGAAUACAGCAACGGGACCCAGAACCUGGUUUGGCAGACUCAAGGCAGCAUCGUCGAGAAGGACGAUUAUCGCAAGGAAGGUAUUCAGACCAUCAUUGAAGGCUUUUGGUCCUCUUGAGUGGAGCUGCUCCAUACCGGCCGUUGUGGUCGAACGCCAUGCUUCAACCCUCAGGCGUGCCAGCUACAAAGAAGUUCCGCCAGGUGUUUUUCCUCCUAAUCGUUCCGGUUCCAAGCAUCUAGCGUCUAUGUCCAGGGAAAGAGGAAGUUACGAACACUUCCCACUUAAAACAUUAGUCUCGUUCAUCCACCCUUUCUAGGAUCUUUCUCAUAUUACGUGUUUUGACAUGUAUUCCCGGCUAUAGCUGAUGCACACAUAAUACAAAGUUCUCACGUC